AUGGCAAGCAAGGAACAGCUUCUGGACGAUCCAGUGGGUCUUAUUCGCGAAACAAGGAACAAUUUCUCGCUGGUCAACGAUGCGGAAUCGUUGUUGAACAUUACUCAAAAGAUCGAUGAGCUGCAGAGGUUGGUGCAAGAGAAGGUAGAAACGAGGGUGGAAGAAAUGAAACUAGUCGAAUCUCAAGCCCGCAAGACGGAAAAUAGGCUGGAGGUGCUGCAACAGACUCAAUUAGCAUCAAAUAAAGAUGGAAACGGCUCUUCAGACAGCCGGGACGAUGCUGAUGAGCUCGCUCACGAACUGGAAGCAUUAGAAACACGACUAGUGGCAAUGCGGGAAAAAGUAGACAUGGGCUUGAAAGAGUUGGCUCAUGAUGCGGGUGGCCACGAAUUGGACUUACAACUGCUACAAGAAGCCAUACCGACCACAGAUCGUACUCACAAGGCGAGUAUUUUGAAAAUACAGGUUUUUCGAUCACUAGGCUUGGUGCUAGAUCUGCCUAAUCGGAAAGCUCUGCUCAAUAAGGCCGGCACGCUGGACGUGGUGAGUCUUGACGAUUCAGCAAGUGAGUUUUACCGGACCAAGUAUCUGUGGGAAAGAAUGUGA